CUGCUAUUCCUAGCCUGUGUAAUCAGUGCGAACAAAUUUAUCCAUCUCCACAAUAUGCAAUCACCAUGUCUCCACCUCUGCAAGAAUUCUUAUUUAGGUUUCCACUUUCACCGACCAUAUUCUCAAAACCUAUUCUUCUCCUCCUCCUCCCUGUCUCUUGCUUCGAAGUGUCCUGAAAGACUUGUAGUAACCCAAAGCCAGAAUCGACCCAACGACAGCCAUAACAAGACAAACCCGAAAGGGAAGGUGACAGUAAAGGGAAAGAAAGAGAAUGUUUGGAGCAUUGACAACAACAUCGCCAAAGCUGAGAAAGAGAAUGACAAAGGAAAUACAAAACAGAGGAGGAGGAAGAAAGGUAAGAAAGUGGUUAAAGGCAGAAAGAACAAGAUUGGUCGAGUUUUGGUCUCUGGUUCUAUGUUAAUGGAAGUUGAAACUGUUCUACAAACUCAGGAACCUGUAAUAAAACCAGCAUGGAACACAUUUGCUAGUAGUGUGAGUGGGAUAUGGAAGGGGGUUGGAGCUGUAUUUUCACCUAUUACUGCUGAAAUGGAGCCGAUUGAAGUUGGGAGCAGGAAUGAGUACCUAUAUGACUGCUACAUGCUUACUCGUGUUGAGGCGGUUCUUCCCCCUUCUGGAAAGACAUCUGUAAUCCAUAGGAAGAUAAAUUGGGUGACUUUGAAUCCACACGGUGAAGUUCCAGAGCAUGUUGGUGUCGGAGUUGGAAACAAGGAAGAGUCCGGGGUCGAGAAACCAACUUUACCUCCGAAAGGCAAUGACGGUACAAUGAAUCAUGUUUUGCCUAGAUUUGGGUCUUUUGACUUGACAACUAGUGAUGUUAUGGAAGAAGAUGUCAUGGGGAUUGAACCCGGUCUCGUUUUCUUUGAGGAUGGAUCGUAUUCCAGGGGGCCGCUCGAUAUUCCUGUUGGUGAAGUUGAUGACUCUAAUUAUUACCUUUCUCCAACUUUUAAAUUUGAACAAUGUUUGGUCAAAGGUUGUCACAAAAGACUCCGUAUCGUUCAUACGAUAGAGUUUGGUAAUGGGGGUUCCGAUGUACAGAUAAUGAGAGUUGCUACCUAUAAAGAAGAGUGGGUGAGUCCCGCAAAAAUUCAACUUGAAAGUGUGAGUGAUCCGGAGUUUGAUUUGAAGCCAUUUUCUCAACGGAAAAGAACCCGACCAUCAGAGCUUGUAGGGCCAUGGAAGGUGUUUGAAGUUAGUGCCACUCCCAUAUAUGGUGAUGAGACAGUAGCUGCAGAAAGCAAUGGUGCCCCAUACGUGUACCUUUGCACCGAAACGAUAAAGAAGAGGAGCUUGCCGGAGAAUUCAGUGUACUUUAGAGAAGAAGAGGUGCUAGACAUGCAGGAUGUUACGGUUCUUUGGCUACCUGGCGGUGUUACAAGUUAUGUGGAUGUAAGUAACGAUGGCACUCUUACUAUCGGAGUCGGAUGGUACUCAGAUGAGGGAAUCAACCUUGUUAUGGAGCGAGAUUACGGCAUCGAUGGGAAGUUGAAGGAAGUUAGAUGGAAAUCAGAGGUCAAGAGACGGUGGUCUCAUCCAGUUUCUUUGUAAAUUUAUUACUUUUUGUAAUGCUAACUUCACAACAGCAAAUGCUUAUAUGUAUUGCAAGCUACAUGUUUGAAUAAAAUGAGAUAAUGCUAGAAGCUUUGUCA